CGAAAGCUUUUGUCUUGCUGAUAACAUGAGUGUAUCGCAGAGUGCUCCACAGUUCAAGGUGGGCCUCACGCCCGAAGAGAAAUCGUUCUUUUCAGAGGUGUUCAAGUCUUUAGACCCGGAAAACACCGGAAUCGUCACAGGUGAAAAGGCCAGGUCCACAUUCGAGAAAUCUGGCUUGCCUCCUUCAAUUUUAGGAGAAAUCUGGCAACUUGCCGAUACCAACAACUUGGGAUUCUUGACCCAAUUUGGCUUCUGUUACGCUAUGCGUCUUAUCGGGUACACCCAGGCAGGCUACCAUCCAUCAGCAGGCUUGGGUGAUACUCCUGGACCAUUGCCCAAGUUUGCAAAUUUGGGUUUGGCUCCCUUGCUGGCACAAGCCACGAGAAACAUUUCUUCUGCGCCAACUCAACUUCCAGUUGCUAGCUAUCUUACAUCAGUUCCUCCAACUGACGUCCAGAAAUUCUCCCAGCUCUUUGUAAAAACCGUAGGGUCUACUACUGGCGAAUUAGGAGGCACGCAAGCCAGAGACAUCUUCAUGAAGGCUAAGUUGCCUACCGUGAUUUUGGGCCAGAUUUGGAGCUUGGUUGAUCGUUACAAUACUGGCCAAUUAGGUCUUCCUGCUUUUGUAAUUGCUAUGCAUUUGAUCCAGGGCUCUUUGAGCGGUCAGAUCACCCAAUUGCCGACCGUUUUGCCAGAAAGCAUCUGGCAAUCUGCAACUCCACAAGUAGCUAACCAGCAACAACCUGUAGAUACUGGAAAUCGCCAGACUUCGUACGGCUCAGUAAGCUCUCAGGCAACCACUGUAAGACGCCCUACUCUGAGAGAGGUAUCUGCAUCUUCAGUAGCACCAGUUUCUGAUGAAUGGGUUGCUACACCUACAAUGAAACAACAGUACGCUUCCAUUUUCAACAACCUCGAAAAGGGUAAGUCUGGCCACUUGAAUCCAAACCAAGUUGCUUCGUUCUUGAUGACUUCUAAGCUUGGUGAACAGGACUUAGCCACCAUCUGGGACUUGUCGGAUACUCAGAAUACCGGUAUCUUUGGUUUGACGGAGUUCUCUAUUGCCCUUUUCUUGGUCAACAGAAGGUUGGCUGGAGGAAGCUUGCCCAACAUCGUUCCACAUUCCUUAAUUGAAUCGUUGUCAGCACCUGCUUCUGCACCAGCUGCUGCUUCAGCA